CGAUUCAUUAAAAAGAUCCGACUCAGUAAGGUGAUGCAUUCAAGAUUCGAACAUCGCUAACACAAACUGGAAGCAGUUUGUUCAACGUUGUUCGGCAUUAUCAGUUAUGGAGGUCACCGGUACUGAUAGUGAUUGGAGGAGCCCAGCCUUUCGACAGAAAGUAGUGGCCCAAAUAGAUGAAGCCAUGAGAAAAGCAGGAACUGCUCACACAAAGUCCAGCACUGACAUGGAAAACCAUGUUUUUAUCAAGGCAAAGACCAGAGAGGAGUAUUUGUCUUUAGUUGCGAGACUGAUAAUUCAUUUUAGAGACAUUCAUAAAAAGUCACAAGGUGGGCCUGACCCCAUGAAUGCCCUGCAAAUUAUACCAGGAGUGGGUGGAGGUGGUCCUGGAGUUAUUGGCAUUGGACCACGGCCCCCUGGUGCACAAAUGGGUGGUAUGGGGCAAAUGCAAAUGCAAAUGGGUCAACAUGCCAUGCAGGGCGUAGCGGGAGGCCAGCAGGCUGGGGCUGCUGGGCAGAUGCCUAUGAUGCAGCAGCAGCAACAGCAGCCAUCCAUUCAGUUUCAGCAGUUCCAGCCUCAGCAACAGGCAGCCAUGCAGCCUCAGCAGCCAGGAACUAUGCAGACUGCCAUGCAAUUCCAACAGAUAAGGCAGCACCAUCAGAAUCCACAAAUGCAGCAUCAAAAUCAACAACAGCAGCAGGCGCAGACUCCGCAGCAACAACAGAACCAGUUGCACCAAAGAAUGCAGCAGCAGCAGUUAGCACAAAUGCAGCAACUGCAACAACAACACCACCAACAACAACAACAACAGCAGCAGCAGCAGCAGCAGCAGCAACUGCAUCAACAACAGGUCCAUGCACAGGCUCAGGCUCAAGCUCAAGCUCAGGCCCAGGCUCAAGCUCAGGCCCAAGCUCAGGCCCAGGCUCAAGCUCAGGCUCAAGCUCAGGCCCAGGCCCAGGCCCAGGCCCAGGCCCAAAUGCAGCAACAGCAUCUUCAAGCCCAGGUUCAGGCUCAAGUCCAAGCCCAGGUCCAAGCUCAAAGUCAAGCCCAGGCACAGGCUCAGGGAGUGGCGGGUCAGAUGGCCCCUCACUCACAGCAGCAGCAAGUCAUGGUGCCCCAGUCAUUAGCACAAAUGGCUCCCGGACAGCAUCAACCCAUCAACUCACUCAGCCAACAGCAGCAACAUCUGAAACUCCAGCAGGCAAUACAGCAGGCGAGAGUAUUGCAGCAGCAGCAGCAACAACAACAACAACAGCAGCAGCAGCAGCAACAACAACAACAACAACAACAACAGCAGCAGCAGCAGCAGCAACAACAACAGCAGCAACAGCAGCAGGUUCAACAAGUCCAGCAGGGAGGCCAGCUCACUGCAGUCCCUAGCCAGGUAAGCCCAGUGCAAGCCGUGGUGAGGGUUGAGAUAAGAGACUGAGCGUGGUGGAGUGAUUGCAUGCUACCAAAAUCAACACUUGAAUUUCUUUUGGAUGUCAAAACUCUUUAUUCCUUGCCUGGUGAAGUGCCGUAGUGUAAUGCACAUGUCCUAAUA